AUGGCGGAACAACGUCGAGAUUCUAUCGCUGACGACUGGCUCGAGAUCGAAAGCGCUGCGUCUGUCGUAUCCUUUGACAGCAUUUCGCCCCCGACGACUCCAUCGCCACCAUCACCACCAUUGCCUGUACUUGCGACUCAACCCAUCGAGUCCCACGACGACCUCCCUCGAACCCCAACCCCAACUUCUGAACUUCCAGUGCGCCUGAAGAAUGAAGACCUCGAGAUACCCACAGCACCCAAAGAGUCCCCGCCUGACUUUACCCCAUCCCAAGACCCCGAAACUCAACAUGACGUCGAUCCUGCCGACCCCACACCUGCCGAUUAUCACAAAGCAUGUCAAAGCGCCACAGAGGCUCUCGCUACCGUCGCCAGGAUGGCUUACGACCUGGGAGGACACCGCAUUUCAACCAUGAGCCUCCUCCGCUCAACAUGCGAACAGCUCUCUACACAGACAGAAGACCUGAGCAAGAUGCUCGAGGUGUAUGCCGCGCACUGGGUUUCCAAGGGCUCCAAUAUGUCCUUUGUGGACAUUCCACUUAAUCCUGAAAUAUGGGAUCUGAUGUCGGAGCUCAAUUCCCAGCUUCUGUGCGGUCAGAGUGAUUUAUGCAGCCUGAUUCCCUCAGAUGAGGACGCCCCUGUUCUACUUGCCAAGAACAUUCCGCUGCAUGUCAACCUGGCGCUCGCUCGUUGCCUGGAGUCAUUGGAAGAUACCCAAGAGCUGUUUACUGAGUUUUUGCCCAUUCUUAGAGCGGAUUUCGACGAUUUCAAGACGCGACACAUGGGCUUUUCACCUGCGCGAGACAUCCAAUCCCCAAAGAAUCCCCGGCGUCAACCACCGCAACCCUCAAUCAGCCGCAUCCGUCGAGAGUUAUACGAGAUGAAGGAUCGAUUCGUCCUGAUAAAUGUCUUACUGUCGAGACUGAAAAACGCCGACCCAUUGCCGAUGUCCAUCGACCCUGUACUAUUCAAAUCACUCAAGGGCAUUGUGGAGUCCAUUUCUACACUGCUCACCAACAACCCAUCAGAGUGGAUUGAUUCCGACAUGGCUCCUUCGUCUCCAGGCAUCAUCUCAUAUCCUCAGUAUCUGACAUUAGAUCCUGAUGUUCUCCAUGACAUUACGUCUCACCUCCAGGAAUUUCAGGAAGAGCUUGACAUUGAACCUGGCCAAGUCGGCAGUGGUUAUUCGCCACUAAUGAUACGAAAUCACCAGGAAUGUCUACUCUCUGAAGGUGGAAAGAUGGAGGAGCUCUGUUCUGUCAUUGAGUUCACCGAGUCACUGUUGAUGAUGAGCGACUAA